AUGUACGCGGGGUUUUACUUCAUACCUUGGGUUAUGAAGCCGGUUUGGGGCGUUCUUACUGAUGUGUUUCCUGUGUUCGGCUACAAGCGCCGGCCUUAUUUCGUUCUUGCUGGCAUUUUGGGGACUUCAACUGCGCUGAUUGUAUCAAUGUGUGGAAAUUUGCCAAUCAUAAUGGCACUGCUCUGCCUUAUUGGGAUGGCAGGAGCAAUCGCCAUUGCAGAUGUGACGAUUGAUGCAUGCAUUGCGAGGAACAGCAUAGUACGCCCAUCGCUGGCGCCUGACAUGCAGAGCCUCUGUGGGUUCGUUCAAUCUGUUGGUGCAUUGAUCGGGUACUUGUCUAGUGGAGUGUUUGUGAAUAUGCUCGGGGCUCAGGGAGCUUUGGGGGUAAUGGCAAUGCCUCCUUCUUUGUUGGUGGUUCUUGGCUUUGUCAUAUCUGAGUUGAGGUUGAAUCAACGCUCGGAGAAGAGAAAGUUCAUGCAAAAGGUUGGCGGAGCAAUAGGAGGAAUGGGAACGACAAUAAAAUGUCCUCAUGUUUGGAAGCCUUCUCUAUAUAUGUUUCUCUCCUUGGCCCUCAGCAUCAGUACUCAUGAGGGUCAUUUCUACUGGUACACUGAUCCUAAAGCUGGUCCAGCAUUCUCACAGGAAUUUGUCGGUGUCAUCUAUGCAAUUGGAGCACUAGCUUCUAUUAUAGGAGUCCUAAUCUAUCACAAGCUUCUAAAAAACUAUCCAUUCAGAAGCCUACUUUUCUAUGUGCAACUCCUUUAUGCUAUAUCAGGAUCACUCGACCUCAUUUUCAUCCUACGUUGGAAUUUAAAAUUGAAAAUACCUGAUUACACAUUUGUUAUCUUGGAAGAGUGCUGUUCACGAAUUGUAAGCAAAAUCAGGUUGUUGCCCAUGAUUGUCCUCAGCACGAAAUUGUGCCCGUUGGGUAUCGAGGGGACCUUCUUUGCUCUUCUUAUGUGUAUUGAUAGUCUUGGCACACUAUCUUCAAAGACUGGGGGAGGUGCAGUUCUGCAUAUUUUCCAUGUUACAAGAACUGAUUUCAGGAAUCUGUGGCUGGUUGUGCUUAUAAGGAACUUGCUGAGAUUUGCGACAUUGGGUUUGAUUUUCUUGGUGCCGAAGGCUGAUACAUCAGAUACAUUGCUCCCUGAGGAAGUUCUCAAAUCAGCUGGAGGUGAUGAGGAGAGAUUAGAACUUACAGUUAUUAAUGAGGAGGAGGAGAAAUAAAAAAUAAAUAUAAAAAAAUUACAUGUUUGCAGUAUCCUGAAAUUUUCUAAUAGUAAUUCUGGCGCCAAGAAUCCGUUUCAUGAGCUUGCUGGAAAGUUGUACGUUAAUGCUAGAUUUUAUCAAGAAAGGUACAGAUUUUUGUUCAUAACUUUGUAGUCGUAGGAGUUUUUAUCAAGGUUAA